AUGCCGGGCUGCCGUCGUCUCAGCACACCAUCCCCAGCCAUCUCGGUGGCUUCUCUGCUCCCUGGCCUCCUGGGGAAGCGUAGCAAAGACAGAGGACAGACUUACUCCUGGGUGUCUCUGUGUGGAGACCUUUCAUCCACCAUGGCAUCAAGGCCUGUUCCAAAGGUGAAUUCCAAAGAGGGACAAUCUCAGUGCAAGGAGAAACACGCGGUUCUGCUCAGCCCCCUGGGAAAGCUCGAGAUAUCUGGGUGUGAAAAAGGCUUACACGAAAUAAAACUGCCAAAAAUGAGCGUGCUGCCAAGUGGCAGAGAGUCCUCGGCCGCCUGCGCGGUGUGCGAAGGCGCGGAGGAGCUGACGGAGCCGCUCAGGCAGUGCACGGCCUGGCUGCACGCCUACUUCUGCGAGCCGGCGAGGACGGCGAGCCUUCCCAUGCCGGCCUUCCACCACGCGCUUCUAGGGCAGGAUUCGUUCACCGGACAAGUGUUGUGGACCCUGUUGAGAGACGUCAAGUUCGGAGAGGCCGUUUCCUACAAGCAAUUAGCGGAGCUCGCGGGCAACAGCCGAGCGGCGAGAGCGGUGGGAGGAGCGAUGAGGAGCAAUCCUCUCGGUAAUCAGUCUUCCCGUACCGCCGCUCCUCAUGACCAGCAAACUGUCGCCAACCUUCUGGUUGUCAAGAAAAUUUUGACAAGGCAAAUGUCAGAUCAUGUGGAGCCUUCUGAAUUUUUUGACCCCUUCAAUCUGUUUUCCAACCUGGUAGGCUCUGUCCCCGCGGUGAACAUCCUCAUGGGCCCCGUGCAAGUUCCUCACCCAUCGCUGGAGGUCCCAAGGCACCAGCAGCAUGGCAGGACGCCUCUGGAGGUGGAGGCUUCUGAUGACAACGAGCAAAACAUGAAAGAAACAGCUGCUCCAGAUGACCAGGUCUCCUUAACCCGCUACUUCAAAGCCUUGGUGGGCGCUUUGGAUCUCCCUUCAACGCGGUCACCCAGGGUGGACAGCCAGCGCAAAGCGGAGCAAAGCCCGGGGCUGCCCCUGCCCACGGGGAUGCUCCUGCGGAGAGGUGGCUGUGAAGCAUCCCGGGGAGCCCCAACCCCCCCUACACGGACGCUGCUGCCGAUAGCCCCGCCGGAGCUGGGACACGUACAGAUGGGUAAUGGCCAACCCCCCAGGUUGUCCCCCAGGGGAUCUGCCAAGCGCCCAAAGGUGUUGGCUUGGGUGGACCACCGGGACCCGGCGCCCUGCCAGCCCUUCUGGUGCAGACUCACCCGGGGUGCAACUAUCCGAUGUUGA